UUUUUUACUAAAUUGUGUCAGCCAAUUAGGAUCAUUGUUUUCCGGUCAAUUUCAUCUUUAUUGGUUAACUAGUUAUUAUAACCUUCUCUUGGACCUUAAUUGUGAUCCUAUUGAUUUAGGUGAGUGAUAGGGGAGGAAAAGUAAGCGAGGAUUAAAAGUGUGUUUUUUCAGAGAAAGUGAAAGAGAGAGUAAACAUCUCUCUUUAUAACGGCCCAACCACGGAUUGGAUUAAAUCAAUUCCGGAGCGGGUGUUGAAACAGCAGUUACUGUUCCCCUACCCCGACUAUCAAGCUGAAUUAAACUUAAUUAUGAUGAAUUUACCCUUACUUAUUGGUGAAGUUGAAUUGGAGAAUGGUAAAACAACCGGCGGGACCCUUGUGUUGACUGACUACAGGUUGGUAUUGUGCUUUAGUGAUGAUAAUAUCGCCAGUAUACCCAUUGGAUUGAUUGACGAAAUCUUGAGGAAUUACAAUGGACUAAGCAUCUUUACAAAACAAUGUCGCCACUUUAUCUGUAAUUUUGAGACAUCAUCGGAAUGUGUUUACUGGUAUAAAAGACUUACAGAAGCUGUUGCUGAGCUUAGAAACCUGGACAACAUAUUUGCUUUCAAGUAUUAUAGUGCCCUACACGCUAAAGCUCUGAAACCUAAUGCUGAACCCUCGAAAGAAGAUGAAGUUUUAGUGGAUCAAAAACAUAAUCAAACCACCAUUGAAGAAGCAACAAGGGAGCAACCACAGCAGCAACUUGAUCAAGAUGGAAUUGAGAAUGGCAAUCACAAAAAAGACUCUACAUUAAAUCAACCCCAACGAAAAAGCCAUGAUGAUAAACUUAGUGAUAUGUGUAAUCAAUUAGAGCAACAUAAUCUCGAAGAAGAAGAUGAAGAAGAUGAUUUAGUAACCGAAGCUAAGCAGGAACUGAUAGGAGUAGAAGAUAACAAUGUACUAUUACACCAGAAAUUGAGACCAAGAUCGCCACAUGAAUCACCAUCACCAUCACCACCACCACCUUCUCCUUCACCACCUUCAGAAGAACAGAGACACCAACAACAAAAUCAACACCAGAAUCGACACCAACCUCUAGCUAGAGAAAAUGGCCAAGAGCUUUGUUACUCAGUUGAAAGGUUAAGUUGGAUUAAUGCGCGUAUAAGAACACCGCUCACUUCAAAAGUUCAGUCACUUUAUUUAAAUAAUCCUAGUAAAGUUGAAGAAUCAUUGACCUAUUUUGAGUACAUUAGACUUGGAUUUCACAAGGAUCUCACUUUUCCUGACCAAAUUGACAAUACAUCUGCCGGUGAGACAUCUAACGAAGAUUUGAAAGAAAGCAAACCUCGUUGGAGGAUUUCAACUGCUAAUCAAAAUUUUGAACUCUGUUCUAGUUAUCCUCGAUAUUUAAUUGUUCCAGCUGAUAUCAAUGAUGAUAAUGUUAAAACCAUUUCCAAUUUCCGCUAUCAAGGUCGACUGCCGGCUAUUAGUUGGAGAUACUUUAAAAAUGGUUGUGUUAUUGUCAGAUGUAGUCAACCCUAUGUUGGGUGGUGGGGCUCUCGCUGUGAUAUGGAUGAAAAUUUUGCUUUUUUGAUAGUCAAAAAUUCAAUGAAUUUAUCAAAUAGAAAUAAUGCCAAUGCUGCCAAUGCUGCCAAUAACCAAGAAUCACAAGGUCAAGAGGUGAUUCCAGACGCUAAUGCCCAAGGUGGUCAAGAUGUCAUCGAUGGAGCAAAUAUCGCACCUUUUCAAGAAGCUAAUCAAGGAGAUCCCACUGGUGAUUCCAGCCUUGAAUCGGAUGCUGACAUGGUGGAAGAUAUUACCUUUAAUAAUCAGGAAUCUAGUAGUGAAAAGAAACUGUUGGUUGUUGACGCUCGAUCUUAUACAGCAGCUAUGAUCAAUCGUGCAAAAGGUGGCGGUUGUGAGUGUGUCGAAUAUUAUCCUUGGUGUGAAAUACAAUUCAUGGGCUUAGCCAAUAUACACAGUAUUAGAAAAAGCUUUAACUCCUUACGUCUCCUUAGUGAUUACGAAACGUAUUCCGAAACUUGGUACACAGUUCUUAAUAAUUCUAAAUGGUUGUUUUACCUGUCGUGUUUGCUUAAAUCAUCUAUUAAUAUUGUUGAAGCAAUUGCAGAUGAACGUUCUGUUCUAGUUCAUUGUUCAGACGGAUGGGAUAGAACGCCUCAACUUGUAUCUUUAGUUCAACUUAUGAUGGAUCCUUUUUAUCGAACUUAUGAAGGAUUUAGAGUUCUUGUUGAGAAAGAAUGGCUAGAGUUUGGCCAUAAAUUUGCAGAUAGAAAUGCUGUGAAUGCUGACUUUGACGAUCCUUAUGAAAAGUGUCCAAUUUUCCUACAGUGGCUUGAUAGUAUUCAUCAGAUGAUCGUUCAAGAUCCAAAAGCCUUCGAGUUUAAUACCUUCUUUUUGGAAUGUCUUCUGUAUCAUACAUACUCGUGUCUCUUUGGAACUUUCCUUUGUAACAACAUAGCAGAUAGAGUGAGAAAAAAUGUUUAUCUGCGAUCCCCUAGUCUCUGGUCUUAUCUCGAUUCAAUGAAGGAUCGAUUUAUUAACAAAGAUUUUUCACCAAGAGAAGGAGACGAUCAUAUUGUGACUCCCUCAGCUGAGGUUAGUGAUUUGAGGUUGUGGACUGAAGUCUAUUAUCCCUCGCAAGCUGAUGUGAUACAAAUGAACGACAGGGAAUUGUUUAAUAAUUGAUCUUGUAUGUUUUUUAUCUCAACACAAACAUUUUUUUGCUACUCGAUGAGCAAAACUGAAAUGGGAGUACCUGAAUGACUGAUUGGAAGAAAAAAAACUGAUCCUAAACCAUUAUAUCAGGAAAAGACUAUUUUACUAACAUCCUUUCAUCUUCAUCUUUAUCCACGAGUUGGACCUCCUCAACACUCAAAUUCACGUGCAAUUUUCGCCAAAAGAAAGUAAAAUGAAAAAACGCUUGCUGAAUUGUUUUAUAAAAUCUAUGGAAUGUAUGGAGAGUCAAGGUGUUAGAUAAAUUUUAAUUGUUCCCUAGCUGCUGGAGAAGUCAAAAAUCUCCUAUUUUUGCUCUUAUCAAUCUUUCAAUUUAUCAUAAAUCAUCAAUUAGUCAACUUUGUCAAUCUUUUAUUUUCACAACCUUUCUCCUUCUCUAUUAUCAUUCUAAUCAUUAAUCUCUUCUCGCUUUUUCUUGCUUGAUUUUUGUAGAAAAUUUUCAGUUUCAAACUCUCAGAUUCAUCCUUCAAUCGAAUUUUAAUUCUUUGAUUAAUUCUGAUAUCUUUAGAUCGACUUGUUCACCGCCUUUUUUUCUUAUUAUUUCAUAUAAGCCAUUCCUAUGUAAUCGUUUUUCAUUAGACUUUAGCUGGUUUGUGUUUCUCAUGAUUUGACUCUCCAUAAAAAGUUGACUAAAAAUAUAACCUUAAUUUGUCGUUUUUUCAUCUAACCAUUUAUCCGUGAUCCUAAUAAAUUUGAUCAUGACUUUAACAUUAGACAUUUACUCACUCAAAUACAUCAAAACACUCCGAGCUUAAUUUCACUGCAAUCAAAACAUUUCCUUAAAUAUUAAUAUCAGCUUAUAAUACGUGAUUGUUAACGGAGACUUAAAUAGUAACUGAUCUUUUGUUUAAUGACAAUAAAAUCAAACAACUA